UCCCGUACCUUAAGUAUCUUCUGAAUUUAGAAAAUGCUGGUGUCAGAGAACCAUGUGUUUCAGGAAUAAGUGAACGGGAAGCAAACGGACACUUUUCGUCUCUCGUCGAGGAAAGAUAAGACCGAUAGAUAGGUACUGUAUAUACAUAGGCAAGCGGACAGAGGGAGGGAAUGAGUGAGCGAGAGAGGGAGUGAGCUUUCCCAGUCCAGAAAGAAGGCAAGGCUGCUUUCUCUCCCUUGCAAUUUCACAGAGCGCUACCUCUACCCUUGCCUGUGACCGAUGGCGUUGCUUUGUCAUGUAGAAUAGGAAAAGAAGGAAAGAAGAAUGAAAAUGCUCCGAUUCCGCACUUCAAGCGUCCGAUCCUUAAAUCAGGAGAUCCAGUGUACAGUGAGGCUGCUGGACGAUUCGGAGAUCUCAUGCAGCAUCCAGAGAGACACCAAGGGCCAGUUCCUUUUGGAUCACGUCUGCAACCACUACAGCCUACUGGAGAAGGAUUAUUUUGGCAUCCGCUAUGUGGACCUACAAAAGCAGAGGCACUGGCUAGAGCCCAACAAGACCAUCACCAAGCAGAUGAAAGCUCAGCCUCCGUACACCAUGUGCUUCAGGGUCAAGUUUUACCCCUAUGAACCAAUGAAAAUCAAGGAGGAGCUGACCAGGUACCUCCUAUACCUACAGCUAAAGAGAGAUAUUUACCAUGGCCGCCUACUGUGUCCUUUCGCCGAUGCAGCUUAUCUCGGGGCUUGUAUCGUGCAAGCUGAACUUGGGGAUUACGACCCGGAUGAGCACCCAGCAGACUAUAUCAGCGACUUCCAACUGUUCCCCAAGCAGAGCCAGAAGCUGGAGAGGAAGAUCAUGGAGAUCCACAGGAAUGAGACAAGGGGCCAGUGCCCGGCAGUGGCUGAGAUGAACCUCCUUCAGAGAGCGCACACGCUGGAGACGUACGGCGUCGACCCCCACCCCUGCAAGGACUUCACUGGAUCCACUGCAUUUUUGGGGUUCACUGCUACUGGCUUUGUGGUGUUCCAGGGGAACAAGCGGAUCCACCUGCUGAAAUGGGCUGAUGUAAGCAAACUGAAAUUCGAAGGGAAGACUUUCUAUGUAAUUGGUUUGCAGAAAGAGAAGAAGCUGGUGCUGACCUUUCACACGUCCACGCCGGCAGCCUGCAAGCACCUGUGGAAGUGUGGGGUGGAGAACCAGGCCUUCUACAAGUGUGCAAAGUCCAGCCAAAUAAAGACGGUGUCCAGCAGUAAUAUAUUUUUCAAAGGGAGCCGAUUUCGGUACAGUGGAAAGGUGGCGAAAGAGGUUAUAGAGGCAAGUUCUAAGAUACAAAGAGACCCCCCUGAAGUGCACAGGUCCAGCUUCAGCCAGAGCAGAAGCUUCAACUCACUGAGCAACAGGCAGCUGAUCAUGAACAUGGAGCCACUGCUGCCAGCGCUGCCCUCCCCCAGCGAGAGUGAGGAGCCCUGCAUGGAGCCUGCGGUGAAGCGGAGGCCGAGGACUCAAAUGCAGUUUGGCAAGGCCAAAGGUCUGCUCGCCCUGAAGGAGUCCGUCCACUUGUCUCCCCUGAAGUUGGCUAUUGUGUCACAGCCCGAGGCAGGGAAGGAUGGGGCUGAGUGGGGGGCGGGAGACGUCCCCCCGUCAGAGGAGCGCAUGCUGUGUAAAGAGGAGCGACGGCACGAGGAAGAUGAGGAGGAGGGCUGUGACGCCCUGACGAUCUCGGAGCUGGUGUACAACCCGUGUGCCAGUCUGCUGCCCACCCCAGUGGAGGACGUAGGCGGAGUCGACCUGCUGUUCGAGAGCCCCGUCAAGCUCCUGAAGGAGCUGCAUGCUGACAGCGGCCUGCGGGACGAACCUGAGGGCGAGCAGGAAUGUGAGGGGGCCCAGGAGGAGCGGGCGAGGGAUGCCCCCCGGGGGCUAAGUCCACGGGCGGGGGGCAGCGCACCACUGGGUGCCUGUCUGCGCAGCCUGGCCCGCCUGCUGGCCUUGGCACUGGGCCUGCUGAUGAUCCUUCUGCCCCUGCUACUGCUGCUGCUCGAGUCCGACAUCGACGUCUCCUUUCUGCGCGAGAUCCGCCAGACGCCCGAGUUUGAGCAGUUCCACUACGAGUACUACUGUCCUCUGCGGCGUUGGGUCGUGUGCAAGAUAAACAUCGUCCUGGACAAGCUGGGGGGCUAGUGAAGGGGUGGGCUUCCCGGCAGCUAGUGGGGGCCGUCUGCAUCGGGCGGAAAUAAACGGGUUGCUUUCAUUUCCGGGUCGUUUCUGUGGGGUCAUUUUUAAUUUUUUUUUCACACAAGCACACACACACUUCUAGAGCCACAGCCAGGCUGAUGUUCAGCCAUCACUGUUCUCGGGUCAGAUAGCCUUGCACCAGCAUGGUGGCAAAGUGCAGAAAACAGUUGGAGGCGGUCCUGAGGAGAAGCACUGACUGGGACACUGCCAUCAGACGAUGUUUAGUUAAUAACCAUUGUGUAUACAGCAAAUAUACAUCUAAUUAUGUUAGCGAAGUGAUAUUAAUGAUGAUAGCAAAGAUAUCAGGAAAAUUAAUGAAAGGCCACCUUAUUUAAAGAGUUGUUAUGGUUACUCACAUAGAAACACUUCCAGUUUGAAAGCAACUCAGUUUUGUCCUGUAAAAAAAGAGAUCCACAGCCUAUAGACAUCUGUAUAUUUUAAAAUAAAACUUUACACUGUUUUUAAUGUUUUGUACAUUUUUACGUGAUACGAGUAUUUCAGGUUUUUUUUUCAGUCAGAAAAUAAAGGUACAGCUCUUUUGAGGGUACGGGCACUGUGGUCCGAGAGGGAGGUGGCACUGUGGGAUUUAGACACAGCGCAAUCUGUCGUGGUACGGAUGUGCGUUGUUACGGAAGCCAUUGUGGGAGACGUGCUGGAUGUGUUGGAAAAAUGGGCACUCUGUUCACACGCGACCCUGACUGUUUUACUUUUGGACGUUAGCGUGGACCGUGUGGCUGUUCCCUGUUUGCCUAGCUGCCUUUGGAAAUGUCCCUACCUGUAAACAUAUAAAAUUCAGAAAAAAGCAGGGCUGUACCCUAUUUCCAUUUUUACAUGGAAACAUAAAUAUAAAGGGGUAAGGGUCCAGCCUGGUCGCGUGAGCUCUGCCCUAUGAGGCGCGUGUUUCACGGCUGAGGAUAGACUCGCGGUCCGACCAAGAAACCAGCCUCGUUGUUUGAAUUGCACUUUGCGCUGGGCAAGGUCGCGGCACAAUCGGGAGCUUUGGAUUACAUGCAGCAUUAAUCACGAGUAUCCUGAAUCCUGUAAAUCAUAUCAGUCAGACAUUACUCUCAGGAAAGGAUCAAGGGCAGUCGAUUGAUGUCAUCUUUGUGUCAACGCACACAGAAUAUGCUCUCUCGAAACAUAUGCAUUCGAAAUCGUUUCCUAAUUUACCCAUUACUUCUUGUCUCAUUUGUCCUUUCAGCUGGGUUCUGUUAUUGCGGUCAAAGGUGGAUCAUCCUUCACUUGCGUGCAAGAAAGUUCAUUCCAAUGACUGCAGGGCACUUAAUUGCAUUGACAUACUUGUGUACCUCAACCAGUCAGCCUCACGCCGUAGCACAGCCCCUACUGCAGCCGGUAUGGGUAUGUUCUGUAUUAUCACAACCAUGUCGUCAAAAAAAAAAAAAAAGCGUCGAACAUCUAUUAAAGGUGGCUACCAUAAUGCAGCAAUCAACGUGUCUACGUAGCAUAAAACCAAAGUAUUCUUUCAAAUAAGGAUUGCGUAUGUAAAUAUGCAUAUUAGAUUAGAAAACAUGUCUACCUAAUGGCGUUGUUUAUGCUUUGAACCCUGUUUUGGUCACUGAUAUCACCUUAUUGCCCCUCUAGUGUGUUGACAGCCUUUCCCUUUGAAUUAUUUCAGAUUCUCGAAUAAACAAGAAAAACAAAAAAGCCAGCAGACACUGUAACCACUUUUGUUUUGUUUUUGCACUUGUUUGUUUUUUUGGAACAUACAAAUAAUUGAAUACCACUGCAUGGUGAUUUUUCUUUCCUUUAUUUCUCUGUAAAAUGUCAGUAUAUGUAUGUAAAUACUGUAGGAAUAAGAGUCAUGGCUUAUAGAGGAAAGUAGACCAUCUUGUAAAAAAAGGAAAAGAAAAAGUCUAUUGUGUCAUCCCUCAAAGUAGUAUAAUGAUGUGUCCUUCAUUUCAUAUAUAUGCAUGGCUUCUACAUUAAAUAUGUAAAUGCGCAAAAUUGUAUUAAUCCGUUAAACUCAGUCAUCUUUUAGACAUAGCUAAAUGUAUCGCCCGCUUUGAUGAAUCCUUAGAUCGCCCCUGUGAAUUAAUAGUAAUUAAUGUAAGCCUGAAACUCUGCAAGUCAUAAGAUUAACUGGGGAAAAUGGCGACGUGAUUAAUGCCCCUUCUCUUAUAGUGACCUAAAUAUGUUUACAAAAUGGAAAUAUGCCAUAGACUUGACUUUGCUUUGCUGUAAUUAGUAAAAUGACAGUAAGGGGACACCAUAACCCCCUGCGGUACUAUCACAGCUGUAGAUUGUAGAAUUAAUUCUGCUAUCAUAGAAUUUAUAUCCGGAAAAAGACCCAGGUAUUGACAAAGUACUGAGGAGAUUUCUAAUUAAACUUAAGUCAUAUUGAAAAGUAAAAAAUAAUAGCUACAUUUGUUUGAUUCAAUCUAGGUAACAUUAAAGCCAUAACUUUAAUAAACAUUAAAUAUUAAGUAAACAAGCAUAUAAUGGAAUUCGUUUUCAAGGGUGCCUCAUUACAUAUAGCUGAAUGUAACACAAUGUUACCAUUCAUUUUAUAGAACAUCUGUUGUCCUUUUAUGUUGCAUGGGGAAAUUAGCAAACAGCAGUGAUACUGAGUUUAUGUUUUUUUUUUCUCAACACCACAUCAAAUGCAGCAAAAAUAACGACUCAUACAGAAAACAUAAAUGCAACCUAAUGCUAAAACGUUAUCACUGCUCAGAACAAAAUAAUUCUAAAAACAAGAAUCGUUAUUAGUUCCUACUAAAGUUUUUCGCAUAUGAUCCGUAUUGACAUUAUUCGAUGAACAAAAAAUAAUGCAAAAUCUCAUUAUGUGAAAUUCGGACUGGAAGUGGAAAAAAUAAUGCUUCUUUGGGUAUUUUGCUUGAACGGGCAUUUACCGAGUGUGACGAUUAUGUAGGCAAACAUAACACAAUUUCUUUCUGUAAUUUUGUGUUAUAAAUUUGUAUUAGUUAUUCUGUCAUUUGAUCUGUUCUAAACAACUCUGGGAGGAAUUUUAAAAAAGUUUCCAAUGGUCUAACCAGUGCAGGAACGUUAAGCCUUAUGAACUUUGUAAAGUGUAUUUUGAAUGUUUGUUUGUUAAAACAAAAAUAUGGAUCGUUUUAUAUGUUAGUACUGCCACAAUAAAACCCCUAAUUAAUAUAUAAUGAAAA